AUGGAGGACGAUUUCUUUUUCAUGAACACACCUAACACAUCUCAAUCAUCAUCACCUUUCCCAACUUUCGGUGCAAGUUACAUUCGUAAUUGGCAGGUGGAAGGAGCAUGUGCUCAACUAAAUUUAACAAAAAUUCAAUUUAACGAAUUCAAAGAACAUGCCGAUGAUUGUAUUAAACCUCCAAAUAGCACAAUCGGUAAAUGCGCACCCCCUAAAUUUCGGUAUAGAUAUCUAAAAGAAAGUAUCGUUUUAUAUCUUUUAUAUAAUGGGCAACUUUUUAUACCGUUGGAAGCUUUAAGUGGCAUUCAAAAAGUAAAAAGCAGGGAAAUAAAAUUGAUAUUGAAAGAAGGCGAAAAAGGUUUAAUCGAAUAUAAGUUGAAUAACAGUUAUAGUAAUGGUAAGAAACUUGUGAUUAAAGAGAAUUUACGAGAAGCGCAAUUUAUCUUUUUGAGGUUUCAUAAAGAUGUCUCCACAAAAGAGAUUGAUAUAGUAGGUUUACAUAUUGAUUAUCUUAUUAACAAAAAAACCAACUCGAGAAUUCCGGAAGGCGAAAUCGUACCACGUUCAAGUUGGGGAAGCAGUUGGGGAUUAAUCCAUAAUGACAUGAAUGAAAGCUUUAUCAAAUCCAAUAAUGAAAUGGUAAUCAAAUUUCAUAUUAAUGACGAAAUUCGAAUUUUUCUUUUUGAUGGACAUUCUCAAUAUCAAGAAAUCAAAGAAUAUAUUGAAAAGGUUUUCUGUUUGGCAACCAUCCAGAAAUUGAAAUAUAAAGAUGAUGAUGGUGAGUUUAUUAUAAUGUCUAGUCAAGAAGAAUUUAACACAGCUUUUACUUUGUAUUCAAAGAGUAAUAAGUUAGAAAUUUGGUAUGCAAAUUAA